CUUUCAAUGACUUACCAUGGACCUUAUACGAGUUCAUUUUAAAGUGUUGAGUACAUUAUUUCACAGUACCUUUACAAAAUUUAUCGGCUCACGUACCUGAAUCUGAGACUCUCAAUGCUUUUGGGAAAAGGGGCGAUACAGAAAGAUAUAUACAAACUUGAACAACGUACGUUCCAGGGCUUGAUCUGAUACGAACGUAACUUGACCCCGAACCCAUCCAGUCUACGUCUCUCUGAGACUAAUGGGAAAUUCCGGCAGUUUUAUUGCUGAACAAGUGUUUGAUUGUAUCUGUAGUACUUAUCUUAUUCGGUAAUUUCUAAGGGGUGAAAGAUACUGUGAAAAUUUGUACCACGAAAAUCUCACUGACAUAAGUUGUUCUCAUAAGAGAGAAAUGGAUUGGAAUUAUUGCAGUCAUCAUUAAUGAGGAUUAGAAAUACGAUACACAUGUAUGUUGUUGGACUUAACACAUUGUCAGAAUUCAAGUUUGCAGUUUAGUGAAUAAAGUUCACAUCCAGGGAUUUCGUUUAGACAUUCAUUAGUCUUCAUAUACACUAAUUUCUGUGCCCAUCGGGCCUAGACAUCAGCAACAAUGGGAAAAGAUGGAUUUCACGUUUCUACUCGGAACGCUGUGAUUAUUAUUGUUUUAUUUGUAUUAAUAUGUGUUGGUGUUGGGCUAAUGGCGGGGUUGAUACGUGCCCCAUGUCCUACUAUAGUACAAGUGACACCUGCACCCAUAACUGCUGGGCCAGUUGAUACUACCACAGAGACCCCCAGCCUGCCCCAGGAAACUACUACAGCGGCACCCACGGGACCAGAGCCUUGGUAUCAGGUCAGACUCCCAAAGUAUUUUAUACCACAACAUUACCAUCUUACCCAAUUUCCUCAUUUUGAGGGAAACCAAAAUAGUUUUGAAGGAAACGUAUCAGUCAGGAUUCUAGUGACGCAGGACACUCCAUACUUGCUUAUACACAUCAACUAUCUAAAUAUCACAAUGACACGAGUCACCGACUACGACACUGGGGCAGAAAAAGUAGUAAAGAACACGUUUUCGCACACUCCAAACCAGUACUGGGUGGUCGAGUUAUCAGAGUCUCUAGCAGCCAACACAGUGGUGGUCCUUCAUUUGUCAUUCGAAGGUUCCCUUGAUAUAGGAAUUGUGGGUUUCUAUAAAAGUACAUAUACAGAUUCCAGGACCGGUCUGCAAAGAUCACUGGCGACUACAAAAUUCCAGCCUACGAGUGCACGAAAGGCAUAUCCAUGCCUAGAUGAGCCUGGUCUUAAAGCUAACUUCACGAUGACUCUCAUUCAUAAGUCUGAAUAUACACCGCUCUCAAAUAUGUUACCAGAGCGCAAUGAAACACGACCUGAUGGGCUAAUAGCCACCACAUUCCAAGAAUCUCCCCCAAUGAGUACAUACCUGUUGGUCUUCAUAGUCUGUGACUUUGCAUACCUUGAAAAUUUCACAUCGGAUGGUCUUAGGGUCCGAAUCUACGCGCCUCCUGAUCGUAUAGAACAGGGUCGAUUUGCAUUGGAGGCGGCUGUGAAAACACACGAAUGGUUUCAGCAAUGGACUGGAAUACCAUUCCAAUUGCCCAAAUUAGAUCAUGCGGCUAUACCAGAUUAUCCAUCGGGUGCCACUGAGCAUUGGGGACUGAUAACCUACAGAGAACAGAGACUCCUUUAUACCGAGUCUCAGUCAACAUCAUCGAAACAGAGUGUUGCAAGCAUAAUUGCGCACGAGUUGGCUCAUAACUAUUGGGGCAAUCCUGUCACUUGCGAUUGGUGGGACGACAUAUGGCUAAACGAAGGCUUUGCGACAUAUUUCACAAGCAAGGCCAUGGCAGAAAUAGACAUAUUCCAAGAUUGGGCAAUGUUGGACCAGUUUGUUAGUGGUACUGUCCAUAGGAUGCUAGCUGGGGACGCUGUUCUGUCAUCACAUCCACUCGUCAAGACAGAUGUCAACACUCCGAAUGACAUCAAUCAGAUGUUUGACUCUGUUACCUAUUCAAAGGGAGCAUCUGUGCUGAACAUGAUCGAAGGCUUCAUGGGAGCAGCAAAAUUCCAAGAGGCAAUAAGGAAUUUCCUGAAGGAGUACGAAUUCAAGACAGCCAUUACUGAACAACUUUGGGCGGAAAUGCAAAAGGUUAUGGGUCCGGGGUUUAAUGUGUCGGGCACCAUGAACACGUGGGUUAGGCAGACGGGCUAUCCCGUGUUGAACGUAAGAGUGGAGGGGAAUACAAUAAUAGCAUCACAGGACCGCUUUCUUUAUGACAAGAAUGCAACGUACGACGAGACGGAGUCACCAUAUAGGUACAGGUGGGACGUACCACUGAGUUUUACCACGACAACAAGAGAGAAUGGUCUCUUCUGGAUGAAUAGAACAAAUGAAGGAGAAAGUAAUUUUGUGUUAACUGGAGUGAACAUGGCUAACGCAGUCGUAAAAUUAAAUCGGGGGAAUAAAGGUUUUUAUCGAGUGAACUACAGUGACGAAAUGUGGACAAAACUAGCAGACGUUCUUUCCAGCAAUCAUACGAGAUAUCAAAAUACCGAUCGGGGUAAUCUUCUUGAUGAUGCGUUUAAUUUAGCUCGUGCUUCUUCUCUCGGUUAUGACACUGCGUUGAGUAUGACGCGAUACAUGUCUGCUGAAGAAUCAUUUGUCGUAUGGAGAACACUUAGAUCUAACCUAGAUUACAUCACUACUAUGUUCGCUAGUAGAUCAACGUAUGGGCUUUGGAGGAAAUAUGUACGUAACUUAUCUGCACCUACUAUGGAACGCCUUGGUUUUGUAGACGCAGGAAACCAUUUAGACAAAUUAAAUCGAGCCGAUAUUAUCCGGCUCUCGUGUGGCUAUGGCAACGAUGCGUGCCUUAUGAAUGCGACAUCUAUGUUUAUUGACUGGAUUGAGAGUGGAGGGACACUGGCGCUUCCAGUGAAUUUGAGGCUAAAUAUCCUGGUUUAUGGAAUGUCAGAAACUGGUGGGGAGGAGGAGUGGGACUUCAUGUGGCAACUAUACCAGAAUCCAAACACAACGGCCUCCGACAAACUAAAUUACCUGUACAUACUAUCUCACACUAAAGUGACAUGGCUCCUAAACAGGUAUAUUGAAUACGCUUUUGAUGAGUCUAAGAUUCCCCAACAGGAUUUCUUCACUGUUAUGAGAUACAUUGCUUCUGACGAUAUCGGCAAUCCUCUGGUAUGGGACUGGGUCAGAGAAAAUUGGGAGAACUUGGUGAAAAGGUUUGGUCUGGAAGAUCGCUACUUUGGUCAGCUUAUACCAUCAAUUGUUCAAGAUUACAACACUAAGUUUAAAUUGGAUGAGGUGACGUCAUUCUUUGCUAAAUAUCCAGACGCUGGCGCUGGGGAACAGGGAAGAUUACGUGCAGUUGAAACAAUGAAAGCGAACAUUGCAUGGAUGGAGAACAAUGAACAAAUAAUUGCUAAUUGGCUUACAUCAAACGUCUAAUGAUUGGACUGUGUGCUGCAAUCGUAAUUUGAUUUUUUAUGCAAAUAUUGAAAAAAUCACAAGAUACAAAAUACUCAAAAAUAAGACAUGAAUAAAACUUCCAUUACAAAUCAAAAUGCAACAAUAUACAUUAAAUUUCACAAUUUGCACAAUUCUAUUGGUUUCGAUUUAAAGGAGCGGCAACAAAUAUUGUAAGUAAGUUGGUGGAAAAUUCGAAAAAAUCUAUUUCAGGAUAAUCUGAUUUUUUACCUUGCAAAAUAUUUGAUGUACAUAAAGUGAAACCUGAGAUACAGUAUGUGAAAUAAAUGUCAUUUUAAGAAAUCAUAUAA